CAGUCGACACCGGACAGUUUUAAAUAUUCCAUCAAUCCAUUAAACUAUAAACUAGAACAUUAAGUACUGUUUCCACAUCUGCCAUGGUAGUCAAUCAGAUGGGAGCCCAUUGAGACAAUUGUCAAAACGUAAUAAUGAAAUCAACUAAAGCAUUCUUUAACAGUCUCGAAAUGGCUUGGAAUCAUAUACAAGUCAUCAAGUAAUUUUGUUCUAUCUGUAACCCCGUUGCAAAAGAGGCAAUAUUUUCCGUGUCUCAAAGGGUGUAUUUAAUUUCGUAGUUAAACAAUGAAAGUAAAGAGCUCGCCAUGAUCUGUCUUAAGCCAAACUGUUUCGUGACUCGUAUUCACGUGCAUUGCGGCUCUUGAAAUCUUUUUUAGCCGAUUUUUGUUAAAAUGUCUCUAAUUAUUUUGAUUGUCGGCCUCCUGGUCUUAGCACAGUGGCUGAAGAAGGCCCCCUCGAAACCGCCGUCACUCCGCCCGCGUUCUUCAGCCGAGCUUCACUGCGUUCAUCUCCGCCACGGUGCCCGUUUCCUGAGCCACAUUCAUUAGUCAGCCCCCACUUUCCCUCGGCCGUUCUUCCUCCUUCACGCCCUCUGCGAUCUCCUUGGCCGCCUUUUUUUUAAAAACCCGUAUUCCAUAGUUUCGCUUCCGCAUUCACCCAUUCACUCACUCGCUCCAACCCACCACCCCGACUGUCAGAGACGCGCAGCGCUCUCCUCCGACGAGAAAACCCAGAACAACAACAACAAAAACAGCUCACACAACAACAACAACCGCUGGCGAGACCAAUCAAGGCAAGCGUUAAUUAAGUUAGCCGCAGAGCCGAAGAGAAGAUGGCCAGGGCCGCCCCACGCAGACGGCAUGAACACAUUCCAGCCGAAGAGAUCAUGAUGGAGAAGAGUAUUCGGCGGCUGCGUGAGAAAGUUCACGGGAAGGUGUCCAUCGAGAAAGCGGCUGCCCUCAUGCUGCGCUUCCAGAUGCAGUAUGAGAGCGUGGCCAAGUACAUCGUCCUGGCCAUGGACAGAGAAGACUUGCAGAUGAAUGAAAGAGACAGGCAGCUCCUCAACAACCCAUCCAUACAGAACAUUAUGCGUCGGAUACGGAUGAAUGUCCCGCUGCCACCAGAGCCCAGGCAAAGGGAUCCCAUGCAGGAUUUCGACGUUCAGGCGGCAGCCAACGGGCUACGCGUGCUGGAGCUGACCGAGCAGAACCUCAACAUGUUCGAAAACUUGGCGAACAAUGAGCUGCCGCACGAUGACUGCCAGUUUGCGUGCAGCGUCUGCGACAGCGUGUGGUGGAGACGCGUGCCACAGCGGAAAAUGGUGUCCCAGUGCAGGCGCUGCAAAAGGAAGUACCAGCCAGUGCCACGGGACAGGGAGUGGGGGAGUGGAGCGCUCUUCAACUGCACAAACUGCAAUAACACCUUCAGCGGCUGGGGACAGAUGGGCGUGCCAUCGCCGUGCUACCAGUGCCAGGUCGGCGUGUGCCCCACGCGCGUGCAGCGCCCCAAAACGCACAGUGCCGCGCGCCCUUCCGGGCAGCAGCACAGCUGCAUGGCCGAGGACUGCUACAACCGCCAGGGCCCCGGGGUUACCGGGACGCACUGUGUGCACCCGCGCACCUUGCAGGUGAGGCGCCGGCGGCGCGUGUUGCACGCGAGCGAGCCGCACAUCAGCACCGCCUCCACGGUGGCCACGUGCAUCAGCCAGGGCAGCCUCGUGGAGCACGAGGACGUCCUCAUCGAGCAGGACCUCUUGGAGGAGGACGAGAAUCGGCACCACUGACCGUGCCGCGAGCAGGGAUCGAACACGAGUCGCGCGCGAGCCUCCUCCGCUCCUUUGCGUUGGGUCGUGUUUUUAACCCAACGAUGAUCCCUUGUUUAUCGAAGAUGGGGGUGGAUGAACGGUGCGGUGGUUUUUGUCCAUUGCGCUGUGAACCCAGCGAAGCAAGUUCGAUCCCCGGCCACCACUAAAAAGCAGUGUGGAGUGGUAUCUGAACUGGUCCUGGAUGCCCCCUUUGUUAAACCGCACUGACAAGCUGAGUGGAGUAUGGUCAAACAUUCCUCGUGAACAACACUGCUUUACGAUAUUUGACCAUUUUUUUGUGUCCCAAAUUUUUAUUCAUAAAAAAUAUUUUAUUCCACAUCCUCCCUCGCAUCAUACAUUGCACUAUUUUGACACUCCGGGCACAAUUCCAAGGGGCAUCAAAGGUAUCGGGCAUACCGUACUUAUCAGGGCAGGCAGGAGGUUUUUUUCCCCCUUUUUAAAGUGCUCUUUUAAUUGUUUUGAUUUAACCUUGUUUUGGACUUUUUGUGUUUAUUCACAUUAUAAACAGUGAUGUGCACGAGGUGAAAAAUGUUCCGAAAAAAAAGUAUUUGCAGUCGGCAUGUGAGACGUGAUAACAAUGGCUCUUUCAUGCAUCAUGCUAUCGUGCUGUGUAGCCAGAUGGAAAUUCAGUAGGUACCUUGAAACACAUACUCUUAUACUCUUAGUUCUUUCGGUAAAGUCACGUAGGUAAAAAAUGAAAUUAAAAUUAAUAAAAAUAAAACAAUAAAAAUCACGACGUUUCAGAGGCAACACAAGUCUCCGUCAUCAGGUGGGACCGGCACAGCCAGAUUUGCUGCAUCAAGUGAAGGAGGGAUUCAAGAUGUAAGCUCUUAAGUACCAGUAAUUGUUUCUGUGGGGUGGUUUAUUUUAAAUGUAUCGGUUAGUGGGGGUCCACUGGCCAACUGGAGAGCAUCUACUCUAUACGCGACUAAUCUAUAUGCUUGGAUGUAUGUUUGUUUCUUUCUAUACUCUCCACGAAAUUCAAUGAACAAGGAGUCUUUUGAAAACUAAAGUAGUUUAUAUUAUAUUAAAACAAUACAAAUACUUUUUAAAUUUCGAUUCAAAGCUUUCGUGACUGCAGGGAUUUAUCUUCUUGGUUUUUUCGGUAAAGUCACGUAGAAGGGAAAUAAUAAAUUAAUAAAAAUAAAACAUAAUAAAAUAAUUCUCACAACGCAAGCAGCCGUCCUCAGGUGAAGAACAGGUCUGUCGGAAAGACAGACGUCGUGAGAAUUAUUUUAUUAUGUUUUAUUUUUAUUAUUUUAUUAUUUCCCUUCUACGUGACUUUACCGAAAAAACCAAGAAGAUAAAUACUUUUUACCUGAUAAAUCUGCUUAGCUGCUCUAUCAUUUACAAUAGCUUGGCAUGUGAUGGCAAACUCUUGUAAAUUCGUACAAUGGAUAGGGUUAUAGAGGGCGGGGUGGCACAGAGAGCUGUUGAAACUUAAUGGCUUCUCUUUAGUCUCCAAUAAAACCACCUCCAUAACAAUGAUCAACAACAUCUAUACAGCAUAUCUCAAUGUAAAACCAAAUACACUUGUAUGUGCGUGUAGCGCAAGGACGUGCGGUCAGGGGAGACAGAG